AUUAAUACCCUCAACAACGAAGACCACCGUUGACCGGACUAGCUAGAUCGUCGGCGGCGAGAAAAUCUGAAAUUAUCAUGGAGAAGAAGAUAGACCUGAUUUUUAUUCCUGCCCCAGGCGUCGGCCACAUGGUAUCCAUGGUGGAAAUGGCCAAGCUCAUAGUCGCACGUGACCACCGUCUCUCCAUCACCGUUCUCGUCAUGAAACGACCCGGUUCCAUUACCGAUCUAGGCUCAUUCGCUAAAUCCUUAUCCAUCCACGGAGAUUUCGACCAAACCCACAUACGAUUCAUCGAUCUCCCUGAACCCCAUCCAGACUCCGUCGCCAAAUUCAAGAACGCUGUCCCUUUCUUUGCCAGUACGGUUGAGGUUCAAAAACCGAUCGUCCGUGAAGCCAUCGCGACCGAGAUAAUCGGCCGGCCCGAUUCGGGAAAGUUCGCCGGGAUCCUAGUCGAUAUGUUCUGUGCUUCUUUGGUUGAUGUGGCUAAGGAGUUUGAUGUUCCUAGUUAUAUCUAUAUCCCUUCCGGCGCCUCUUUCCUUGGCUUGAUGUAUUAUAUGAAUUCCUUAAGAGACGAACAGGGGAGGGAUGAAUCUGAAUUUAUGAACUCCGACGCCGACGCCAUUCUUAACAUGCCCAUCUUCUCCAAUCCUUUUCCGGCCAAGUUGCUUCCUUUAGUGAGUAUCGACAAGGGUAGUGGGUCGACUAUGUUUCUUGACCUACCCAAAAAGUUUAGUUUAGCCAAUGGAAUUGUGGUUAAUACAGUCGCCGAGAUUGAGUCACGGGCGAUUAGUGUUCUCUCCGGCGAUGAGAAAGUCCCACCUAUUUAUCCGGUGGGUCCGAUUCUAAAUCACAACAAGAACGUCGGAGAUAAGCACGACGAGAUCAUGAGGUGGUUGGACAAUCAACCGCCUUCGUCAGUGGUUUUCCUCUGUUUCGGGAGUAUGGGCACAUUCAGUGAGGCGCAAGUGAAGGAGAUCGCGGUGGCGCUUGAACGUAGCCGUCACCGGUUCUUAUGGUCAUUGAGAAGGCCUUCGAUUGAAAACAAACCCACCCUUGCGAAGGAAUACGAUGACCCGACUGAGGUCCUGCCGGAAGGGUUUUUGGAGAGGACGGGAGAAAUGGGGAAAUUGAUUGGAUGGGCACCGCAAGUGGAGGUUUUGUCGCAUAAAGCGGUGGGGGGAUUCGUGUCGCACUGCGGGUGGAAUUCGACGCUGGAAAGUCUGUGGUGCGGUGUGCCGGUGGCGACUUGGCCGUUGUACGCGGAGCAACAGAUGAAUGCGUUUAUAAUGGUGAAGGAAUUGGAAGUGGCGGUGGAAGUUAAGAUGGAUUAUAGGAAGAGUUUUAGUGGAUUAGAAGACGGCGAUAUGAAUAUCGUGGCGGCGACGGUGAUCGAGAACGCGAUUCGGCGAUUGAUGGAAGUUGGGAGGAGCGAUAGGGUGAAGAAAACGAGCCAGGAAUGCCGGUCUGCCGUGAUUGAAGGAGGGUCUUCGUAUGUCUCUCUAGGCCGGUUCAUUGAUGACGUCAUCAACAACGUCUCUAUUUUAUGAAUUAGGGCAAUAUUAUGUAUCAAAAUUAUAUAUAUAUAUUGAAAACUUAUUAACGUAAAUUUAGACACCUUUUCCAUUAAAUCUUCA